AGUUCAUGGUUCUGGCAGCCCCAGUCCCACGCUUUGGAAGCAUGUCAAUCCAGGAGAGCAGUCUACCCCAGCAGCUCUGGUCAUGGAUCUCUCGGUCACAGAAAGACUUAGUAAAGUCUGUCCUAACUGGGGCUCCAGGAGGGCCAGCAGGGUACCUGAGGCGUGCUAGUGUGGCUCAGCUGACCCAGGAGCUGGGCACCGCCUUCUUCCAGCAGCAGCAAUUGCCGGCCGCUAUGGCAGACACCUUCCUGGAACACCUCUGCCUGUUGGACAUUGACUCAGAGCCUGUGGCUGCUCGUAGCACCAGCAUCAUUGCCACCAUUGGGCCGGCAUCACGCUCGGUGGAACGCCUCAGGGAGAUGAUCAAGGCCGGGAUGAAUAUUGCACGACUCAACUUCUCUCAUGGUUCCCAUGAGUACCACGCACAGUCUAUCGCCAACAUCCGGGAGGCAGCUGAGAGCUUUGCAACUUCGCCACUAAGCUACCGGCCUGUGGCCAUAGCUCUGGACACCAAGGGACCAGAGAUACGCACUGGGAUCCUACAGGGGGGCCCCGAGUCCGAAGUGGAGAUUGUGAAGGGCUCCCAGGUGCUGGUGACUGUGGACCCGGAGUUCCGGACCCGGGGGGACGCGCACACCGUGUGGGUGGACUACUCCAAUAUCAUCCGGGUCGUUGCAGUCGGGGGCCACAUCUACAUUGACGACGGGCUCAUCUCCCUGGUGGUCCGGAAAAUCGGCCCAGAGGGGCUGGUGACAGAAGUGGAGAAUGGAGGUGUCCUGGGCAGCAGGAAGGGAGUGAACUUGCCAGGCGCUGAGGUGGACCUGCCUGGGCUGUCUGAGCAAGAUGUCUUGGACCUGCGCUUCGGAGUGGAGCAUGGUGUGGACAUCGUCUUUGCCUCCUUUGUGCGGAAAGCCAGUGAUGUGGCUGCAGUCCGGGCUGCCCUGGGGCCGGAAGGACAGAGCAUCAAAAUUAUCAGCAAAAUCGAGAACCAUGAAGGUGUGAAGAGGUUUGAUGAAAUCCUAGAAGUGAGCGAUGGCAUCAUGGUGGCACGGGGUGACCUGGGCAUCGAGAUCCCAUCUGAGAAGGUUUUCCUGGCUCAGAAGAUGAUGAUUGGGCGCUGCAACCUGGCAGGCAAGCCUGUUGUCUGCGCCACACAGAUGCUGGAGAGUAUGAUCACAAAGGCCCGGCCAACCCGGGCAGAAACAAGCGAUGUGGCCAAUGCUGUGCUUGAUGGGGCUGACUGCAUCAUGCUGUCGGGGGAGACUGCCAAAGGCUGCUUCCCUGUGGAGGCUGUAAAAAUGCAGCAUGCGAUUGCACGGGAAGCAGAAGCCGCAGUGUACCACCGCCAGCUGUUUGAGGAACUGCGCCGGGUAGCGCCACUGAGCCGGGACCCCACUGAGGUCACUGCCAUUGGAGCUGUGGAGGCUGCCUUCAAGUGCUGUGCUGCUGCCAUCAUUGUGCUAACCACCACUGGCCGCUCAGCUCAGCUUCUGUCUCGAUACCGACCUCGGGCAGCAGUCAUUGCUGUGACCCGCUCUGCCCAGGCUGCCCGACAGGUCCAUCUGUGCCGAGGCGUCUUCCCUUUGCUCUACCAUGAACCUCCAGAGGCCAUCUGGGCAGAUGAUGUGGAUCGCAGGGUACAGUUUGGCAUUGAAAGUGGAAAACUCCGUGGCUUCCUUCAUGUUGGGGAUUUGGUAAUUGUGGUGACAGGCUGGCGACCUGGUUCUGGCUAUACCAACAUCAUGCGGGUGCUGAGCAUAUCUUAAGAGGCCCCUCCCCCUUCUGACCUAGCUGCACCCCAUCCCUUCCAAUCCACACCCCUACCGUGGUCCUACAUCUGCCAUCUAGCCCCAUUCCAGAUGUCCCUCACCCUCUCUGCUUUGCAAAGGUCUCUGUCCAAUUAUGUACCAGUUACCCAGCAGCAUCAACUGUAUAUUCCUGUCUCCAGUCUGAUCAGUUGGAUCCUAAAAUAAGCUAAGUCUUUAAUCCCA